GCCCGCAACAACGACAAAUCUCGCACUGAACGUGAAAGGGAAAAACAUGGCUGCGCCCAUGGUUGAAUCAACUUUCAAGUCAUUUAUGUGUCCAAUCAAAGAAUUGCGGCUUGAUAAAACACUGGCAUGUGGACAGUCAUUCAGAUGGAAAGAGAAUAUCCCUGGUACUUGGGUUGGGGUAUUAGCAGGACGAGUAUGGAAGCUGAAACAAAAUGAAAAUGAGAUCUUUUAUACCACCCAUAGUAAAUCUAUUCAACAACUGACCAAGACAGAAAAAUGUCCACCCACCAAAAAGCGUAGAAAAUUAACCAAAAUGGGGACAACAGAACAGAUGACCAGAACUAUUGAAGAAAAACACAUUUGUUGUGAAAAUUUAGGAAAUGAAGGUGAUAAUGAACUCAACAUUUUAAGCAAUUAUUUACAGCUCUCUGUUAAACUCCAAGAUCUCUAUUCACAAUGGUCUCUCAAAGACCCAAAUUUCCGGGAGAAAUCUGAAAACUUUCAAGGUGUUAGAAUGCUUCGACAGCCUCCUGUUGAAAAUUUAUUUUCAUUCAUUUGUUCGUCGAAUAACCAUAUAUCUAGAAUAAGUUCGAUGGUAGAAAAAUUAUGUGAACAUUAUGGUGAGAAGAUAAUAGAAUUAGAUGGUCAGGCUUAUUUUGCCUUCCCUUCUAUUUCAUCGCUGGCAGGUGAAGGUGUGGAAGAAAAAUUGAGACAGCUUGGUUUUGGUUAUCGGGCCAAAUACAUUAGUUCAUCAGCUCGUUACCUCAAUGAGAAUGGUGGAGAGGAUUUUUUAUUUAGUCUAAGAGAACAGCCAUAUGAAGAAGCAAAGCAGCAAUUAAUGAAACUCAAUGGUGUAGGUGCUAAGGUAGCAGAUUGUGUUUGUUUGAUGUCAAUGGACAAAGCUGGGGCCAUUCCAGUCGACACCCAUGUGUGGCAAAUAGCAGCAAGAGAUUAUAUACCAAAAUUAAAACAGUCAAAAUCUCUAACAGAUAAUCUUUAUAAAGAAAUAGGAGAUCAUUUCAGAAGUCUGUGGGGACCAUAUGCUGGAUGGGCACAUUCAGUACUGUUCACAGCUGAUCUUAAGAAGUUCAAAAGAGAAAGUCCAGAUACAAAAAUAAAGGAAAAGGCAAAAAAGAAGAAAGUGAAGUAGCUGUGUUACUAGUAAUUACCUAUUUACCUGCCAGGCAAUGCCUUGUUCCCACAUAUCACUGUAGACAAAAGAAAAGGGAGAUGGAAGAUGGCGAGAUGACAGACAUUUUAUAAUUUAUGAAUGACAAAUUGACAGCAAUGGAAUAUUGUAUACCUUUAUGAUUUUCUGCAGACUGUUAUAAAUUGUUGAUAAGGAAUUGUUAGAUAUUUUUACAAGAUAAAUAUGAUAUUAUCCCAUCUAAAAUAAAGCAUUGUUGUCAAUGACAAA